UAUAUUAUUUUUGAUUUGCUCGUUUCGCUAGCGAUUUUCGGUACGGCACACUCGCGGUUAAAACCGCGCCGAGACAUAUCCACGCAGCGCAAAUCCGUAAAAAUUCAAAAAUAUCCAUAAUUUCGAAAAGCGAAACCCCCCAAUAAAAAAAAAUCAUGGCAGUCUCAGAAUCAGUUAGAGAUGAAAAAUCGGUUUCCGAUAUCGAUGCCGAUUGUGUUUACGAUUGUUGUGAAAUGGAAACAUCGAGAACAUCGAAAGCUACAGUGAUCACUCCGAUAUAUACACGCAAAACAACAGCAACAACAGUGGCAUUUAUUUUGCUUUUAAUUCUUUGUUGUUUAUGUGAUUACAAUUAUGGAAGCUGGGCAUCGCAGUGCUGGAAGAAACAGAAUACCGGAUCGAUUCAAACGCCAGAUGGCCAAUUUAAGCGACCCUUUGGUAUACUCUGCACAUAUCGUUGCUUUCUCUGGUUUCCGCCAAUUUAUCCGUACUGCGAAUUCAUAUUCGAUCUGCGAUUGUCGAGGCACUUCACCUCCUUCCCGGACUGCUACGAGAUUCGGUGCAACGAGACCUUCUCCUUUUUCGGCAAGGAGCCCAACCUCUGACGUCACUCGGGCAAUGUUAUCCUCCAGCCACGCCUCCUUCUCCAGCAACGCCUUCACCUAAGUUUUUUUUCUGUUAAUCGAGUAUUUUCCAUGACUAUGAGAUGUAUGCUUCAAUAAAGGUGCACUGCCUGAAACAAA